AUGGCUGACUCUCAUAUCGACAUCGAUAUUUUGAAGUGCUCCGUGCGUUUUACUGUCUCGGGUCCAAGAAGAAACACCGUCACCCGUUUCGAGAUAGUGAAGGUUUUGAUUGAUGCUGGCGUACCACCUGAUGAACUGAAAUGUGUUUUCAGAUGUGAAGCCCCGAACUCAUGGUUCGCAACCUUUUCAACUACGUACCAGGUGGACAGAUUGGUGGAAUCCGGCGCCAUUAAUAAACCGCAGUUCUCCUUACUGCCGGAGCCCUGUGACAGGAGACGCCUCACCAUCCGGGUCAUGUGGCUGCCCUCCUGGAUGUCGGACGAAGCGAUAUCCAGGACCUUUGACGAGGUGUACGGGAGGGUUGUGUGCGUGGAGAGGGAGACCACGACCAUUGGACAGGUCUCUCUUGAAACCGGGACCCGGGUUCUCUCCCUGGUGAUACGGGAGGGCGACCAGGACCUCCUCCCUCACAGGAUGAGGAUCCAAGGGAAGACAGCCUUGGUAGUGGUGCCGGGUCGACCCCCUAUUUGUCUACGCUGCCAGCAGGUCGGCCACGUCAGGGCGCAGUGCCCCGGAAGACAAGUCCAGAGGUCUUACGCCAGGGUGACUGAUUCUUCCAAUGUCCUUCAGCCCCCGGAGGAGUCAGGAGGCCCCUUGGAGAACGCCGCGAGCCCCUCGACUGGAGGGAGCGAUAAGGACCCCGCGAGCCCCUCGCCCGGAUGGAGCGGUAUGGUGACCGUGGCCGCGAGCCCCUCACCCGGAGGGAGCGGUAUAGCUUCCGCGAGCCCCUCGCCCGGAGGGAGCGGUACCGAUGACCCUAAUCGUCCUUCUAAGCGUCCUGUUCCCCUGGUGGACCAGGAGGGGUUCAAGGUGUCAAAGAAGGGGAAACACUCCGGUAUCUCCCCCAUCAUUAUUCCAAAUGGCGAUUUGGCCCCUGGACAAAGGACCCCCUUGGACCCCCAGGAGGACGAUCCAAUGUCAGACUCGUCGGAGGACCAGUUAGUCAUCGAUGAAGAGGCCCUCUGUGAGUAA